AUGGCCCAAACACCACUAAUCACCGUCCUGGGCUCCCUAAACAUCGACCUGGUGUCGUAUGUUCCCCACCACCCCCUCCCAGGAGAGACCCUCACGGCGAACUCUUUCGCCGUCUCCCCGGGCGGCAAGGGAGCGAACCAAGCCAUCGCAUGUGCAAAGCUCUCGAGGCCGCAGAGCGACAAGACGGCGGCGACGGCCAAGGUGCGCAUGGUGGGCGCGGUCGGCGCCGACUCGUACGGCAGCCUGCUGCGCAACAACCUCGAGGGCCACGGCGUCGACGUCUCGGGCGUGGCGGUGCGGGCGGAUCCGGCAAAGACGGGUCUGGCCAUCAUCGUGGUGGACGAGCCGACGGGCCAGAACCGCAUCAUCCUCAGCCCCGAGAGCAACCACGACCUGGACAAGGCCGUCGCCAUCGAGGCCGGGCUCAAGGACAAGCCCGACCUGCUCAUCAUGCAGCUCGAGGUUCCCAUCCCCGUGGUCCUCGAGGCCAUGCAGGCCGCCCGGUCCGCAGGCGUCCCCGUGCUGCUGAACCCGGCCCCCGCGGUCGAGCUGCCGGCCUCGGCGUUUGAGGGUCUCGAGCACCUCGUCGUCAACGAGACCGAGGCCGCGGUGCUGGGCCGCGUGGCCGAGUCGGUCUUGGACACGGAGGAGGGGCUGCGGUCGGUGGCGGAUGGGUUCAUCAAGGCGGGCGUGCGAAACGUCGUCAUCACCCUCGGCGGCAGGGGCGUUUACUUCCUCCAAGGGCGGACGGGCAAGGCGGCGCUGGUGCCGGCGCUCAAGGCCACCGUCGUGGAUACCACCGCGGCGGGGGAUACGUUUGUUGGCAUGUAUGCGUUGGCUGCCGUCGCUGCGUCCAAGGCGGGCGUCGAAUUCGAUGCCGAGGCUGCCGUCAGGACGGCCAACAAGGCUGCUGCCAAGACGGUGGAGAGGAAGGGUGCACAGGAUUCUAUCCCAUGGAGGGAUGAGUUGGAGGAGCAAUAA